UCCUGUGAGAAGUGAUGGGGAAGGGAAAUGGUAUGUGAGUGUGCCUAAAUUAAAGAUGAGUUACCCUCACACGGAAGGGGAAGAAAAGGUGCCAAAUGAUGAGCUGGAGUGCAAAAUUUGUUACCAGAGAUUUAACAUUCAUAGUCGUAAACCCAAAAUACUGAACUGUCUUCACAGAGUAUGUGCGAGAUGUCUGACUAAAAUACUUCACAUAGGAGAUGGCUGUCCUUGCAUUAGUUGUCCCUUUUGCCGCCAUGAGACAAAGUUGCAUGAAGAUGAAGUUGAAGGACUACCUAAUGAUACAAACGUUAUGUCCAAACUCGUGUUAAAAGACAAAACAAUAUGGAAUUCCGACUGUAAAGAAGUAGUUUUAACACCAAAGAACUUGGCUUCCUCAAGCCCCUCUCAUGGAUCUUCAAACUGCUUAGUAAUAACAAUUAUGGAAGUACAGAGAGACUCUACUAGGACUCCAAGCCAAAACACUCUCUCAGAUUAUUAUGCAGACCAUAGCCUUGACUCAGUAUCUGUCAGUUCUCACAGUCAGCUAGACCAAGAUCUCUUCUCUAAGCUUUGUAAUCAUGUACCCAGAAUACUGGUAUGGCUGUUAGGAUUUUUCUACUUUGGCUCACUACCUCUUGGAAUCUAUUUAUUAGUGAUUCAGAAAGUGACCCUAGGAAUUGUGUGUGUCAGUCUUGUUCCCUCAAGUCUAACUGUAUGUCUUGUGUAUGGUUUCUGUCAAUGCCUCUGCCAGGGAAUGUGUGACUGCUCUUCAAGAAGCUGA